CCCUGAAUCCCCCCCUCAGAAACCCUGUUUCUCUAAAAGGGAAGAAGCGGACCUCGGGACUUUACCUCGCCGCCAUUUUCUAACCCGGGGUGAAAAAAGGAAACCAAGUGAACAUCACUGGGGUCAGUAUUCCUCCCUAAUUCGGACCACCAUCACCACAGCGGGUCAGCAUCGUGCACUCAACGUUAGAUCCGCAUGAUGUCUGCAGAUUUGGCCACAGAUCAUGUGAACGGGAACGGCACCGAGGAGCCCAUGGAAACCAUGGCAACGGUGACCCGCUCCGAACAUUUCCAGGCUCUGCUGGACGCCGGCCUGUCGCAGAAAGUAGCUGAGAAGCUGGACGAGCUUUAUGUAGCAGGCCUGGUGGCUCACAGCGACCUGGACGAGCGCGCCCUGGAGGCUCUGAAGGAGUUCAACGAAGACGGGGCGCUGCAGGUUCUGGUCCAGUUCAAGGAGAGCGACCUGUCCCACGUUCAGAAUAAAAGUGCCUUCCUGUGCGGGGUGAUGAAGACGUACCGGCAGCGGGAGAAGCAGGGCACCAAAGUGUCUCCGGCCUCCAAAGGUCCGGAUGAGGCGCGGAUCCGGGAGCUGCUGGACAGAACCAGCUACACACUGGACGUCACCACGGGCCAGAGGAAGUACGGCGGCCCACCGCCGGACGCCGUCUACGCCGGGCCGCAGCCCACAGUGGGAACCGAGAUCUUCGUGGGGAAGAUUCCCCGCGAUCUGUUCGAAGACGAGUUGGUUCCUCUCUUCGAGAAGGCCGGGCCCAUCUGGGACCUGCGGCUGAUGAUGGACCCGCUCAGCAGCCUGAACCGCGGCUACGCCUUCGUCACUUUCUGCGCCAAAGACUCCGCCCAGGAGGCGGUGAAGCUGUGCAAUAACUUUGAGAUUCGGCCCGGCAAACACAUCGGCGUCUGCAUAUCUGUGGCCAACAACAGGCUGUUUGUCGGCUCCAUACCCAAAAGCAAAACCAAGGAGCAGAUCGUGGAGGAGUUUUCUAAGGUCACAGAGGGUCUCAGUGAUGUCAUCCUCUACCACCAACCUGACGACAAGAAGAAGAACCGCGGUUUCUGCUUCCUGGAGUAUGAAGACCACAAAACGGCGGCGCAGGCCCGGCGCCGGCUCAUGAGCGGAAAGGUCAAGGUCUGGGGCAACCUGGUGACGGUGGAGUGGGCCGAUCCCAUCGAGGACCCCGACCCGGAAGUUAUGGCCAAGGUGAAGGUCCUGUUUGUGAGGAACCUGGCCAACGGCGUCACAGAGGAGAUCCUGGAGAAAUCCUUCAGCCAAUUUGGGAAGCUGGAGCGAGUGAAGAAGCUCAAAGAUUACGCCUUCGUCCACUUCGAGGAGCGGGACGGAGCCGUGAAGGCGCUGGAGGAGCUGAACGGGACGGAGCUGGAGGGAGAGCCCAUCGAAAUAGUUUUUGCCAAACCGCCUGAUCAGAAAAGGAAGGAGAGGAAAGCACAGAGACAAGCUGCCAAGUCCCAAAUGUAUGAUGAUUAUUACUACUACUCGCCGCAGCCCCACAUGCCCCCCCCCUCCAGGGGGCGGGGCCGCGGCGGCCGGGGGGGCUACGGCUUCCCCCAGGACUACUACAGCUACGACGACUACUACGACUACUAUGGCUACGACUACCACAACUACCGCGGCGGCUACGACGACCCCUACUACGGCUACGACGACUUCCAGGCCCCGGGCCGGGGGCGGGGCGGCGGCCGGGGCCUGAGGGGCGGAGCCUCGCCGGUCAGAAGUCGAGGCGGUGCCGGGGCGCCCCGAGGCCGGGCCGGCUUCUCGCAGCGCGGCGUCGGGCCCGGGCCGGGCCGCGGCGGGCGCGGACCAAGAGGAGGCGUGGUGGCGGCACGCGGGCGCGGCGGGGUACGUGGUGCGCGGGGCGGCCGCGGUGGAAAUGUGGGAGGAAAGCGGAAAGCUGACGGCUACAGCCAGCCAGAUUCCAAGCGCCGCCAGACCAAUAAUCAGAACUGGGGCUCCCAACCCAUUGCUCAGCAGCCGCUCCACGGCGGGGACCAUGCUGCAGGAAAAAGGGCCGGAGGUCGCCGCUGACGAGUCGCUGUGACCGGGCCGGGCGGCGCCCCCUGCUGGAGGGAACGGUAAGGUCAGCUGACUCAGAGGAACCUCCGGCGCUGGACGGGAUCCUUCUGGACCGAGCUUUGCCACUAGCUUGGAGUGAACUCUGGGUUUGUUCUGAAGACGGGCUCGAUGAUCUGAGAUCAGCACCGAGCCGUUCCAGCCGACCGCUAACUACCUCAGAGGACCCAGAGUCCGGACCGGACGGCGCCGGAACUUUGGCCCGGCCCAGACCGUCCUCAGGCCUCCGGUUCUGACCCAGAGGAGGGGACCCAAUGGACCCCGGCGUGGAGUCCAUCAUCAGGCGCCAAGCAGAAGUUAGUCAAACAUGUUUAUCAGAACCGCCUCGAAUGGACCCGACCUCCAUCAGAGCAGCACAAAACUAAAAUAUUUAGCAAAUUUGGCUUAAAAUCAGCGACUGAAAGUUCUGCUUCCUCCCAGAAGGAGAUAAAUUGAAAGAGCGCUAAACGUAACGCUAAGAGCUAGCUCCACUAUUAGCAUCAUGUACUUAUUCAAUGUGCUUAAAAAGCUAAUUAUCUGACAGUUAUAUUUUUCACGUAAAUGUAAAAUAAAUUUACCAAGUGAGUAAAUUUUUAUUCACUAAAAUAAUUUAGAAAAUUAUUUUUAAAUGUGUUUCCUCAGAUCAGAAACUGAUCAAAUUUAAACGGAUUUUAACAAAAAUCACUGAAAAGCUCCAUUUUCUGGUUUUUAUUUCUCACCCUGAACGCCUCGUUAUCCCAGCUCUAGAACCGGACCGGCGGUCAGAACCGGGGUCUGGUUCCUGAUGAUCCGGUUCCACUCUGGUUCCCUAGCUGAGGACGGGGUUGCCAUGGCAGCAGAUGGAGCUGCAGCCUGAAGGUUGUCGGGUUCAUUUGGUUCUGUUCACAUGACCUGACCCACACUCCCUCUGCAGCCCCGGUUCCGGUCCAGAGCCAGAACCGUUUGGGUCAGAAAGUUGGCCUGGCUUCCUUUGGUGGCUCAGAGGUGAAAGGCAUUGUGGGAGAUGUAGUCGAGCACAGGAUCAUGUUGCUGCUUUUCUGCCAUUAAACAGAAUCUGGACCGAGGUUCUGGUCGGAUUCUGAGACGAUGAGCUGCUUUCAGAGAGUUUUCCGAGUGUGUGUGUGUGUGUGUGCGCUGCUGCAGACUAAAUGUUUUCUACUGUACAUGAUAAACUUAUUUUUCUAAUAAACUUGUAAACCGUCA